UUGUCUACAAAACGAGGAUAUUCUUAACUUAACUAAAAUCUCCGAAAAUUGCAUCUGCCCGACCAUAAACUCUAAAGCGCAAUUGAAACAAUCAAUCUGCAUGAGCGUUUGAAAAUGUAGUAAUUAUCAAGGACGAAAUUAGUUGCCGUAAUGGCCGGAAAACUCAAUUUGAAGCAAAAUUUUUUGAGAGCAGCCGAUGAGUCUUCCUUUGGAUAAUUAUUUAAAACGAAUUGGCUAAAGAAACCGUUGAGCAACAUCAAUCCACUUCAGCGGUGACGCAAUCAAAGAUCAACUAAUAGAAAAACGUUCGAGGAACUCAAUUUGGCCCCGAAAAUCGAUCGUCGCCUCCCCAUAAGGGGCCAUAUAAAAGCAGGGCUGAAUUGAAUGUUUCCCUAAUUUAAUCACAUCGAAUCACAAAACAAAUACACCUUGAUAAUGAAUACGUUGAUUGAUUGAUCGCUCGCUAUGAACUUGGACACUUUUCAGCAGCCCCCGCGGAUUUGGUCGAUGUUGUAUUAAUCGAGGCCUCACAAUAGCCCUUGACAACCAAUGGGGGGCGACUUUCGCUCCGGCCUUGGUGGUUCAGUCGGCCGGAAUAUUGCGCAACAAACGCACGAACCUGGGGAAAAUUUCCAGACAUUCCAUCGCCAGGUGGCGAUAAAUCCACCCGAUUAAGAUGAACAGCAAAGUGCCCAUUAGGAAGCAGCGAAGCUCUCCGGUGCUCAGUGAGACGGCGGCAAAGUCUCCCGAUAGGACCAGUUCAAGCAAUUGGAGUAACUCCUCCAAUGGGAGUCCAGAGCCGGGAAUAAGCAGGAGCCAGUUGGGAACGAGGAAGCAUGAGAGCGAGAGUGGCAGUGUAGAGCGGCUCAACGAGGACAACAGUUUUCGCAAGAUCACAACCAACUACAACCAAAAUGAGGACAACAUCAAUGUGGUGGUCCGGGUGAGGCCGCUGAGCAAGAAGGAAAUGCAACGGGGCGACACUCAGAUAGUGGACUUUCCGGGAAACGGCCAAAUAAUGGUAGGCGAUUACUGGGGAAAUGUGCAUUUGCUUGGAUCACCCAUUUGGUUCCAGGUCGACCAUUGCGCCCGCACCGGGAGCGACAGCCACAAGCCGAAACGUUUCUCCUACAAUGUGGUUUUCGAGCCGGGUGCCACUCAGGAGGACGUUCUUCAGUUCUCCGGCAUGAAGCGGCUGAUUUCGAUGGCCAUCGAAGGGUUCCGCUGCACCUGCUUCUGCUACGGCCAAACCGGCAGCGGGAAAACCCACACUCUAACCGGACCCCCAGGCCUGAUCGGGACCAGAACAGUGCCGUACAGCGAGAACCACGGCCUGAUCUUCCGCUCCUUCCAGUAUCUGUUCCAGCAAAUCCAGCUGCAGUCCGAUACGCACUUCGUGCUCAAAGCCAGCUACUUGGAGAUUUACAACGAGAAGGUGAUUGAUUUGCUGAAUUCCGGCUCGCUGCGGAAGCCGCUGGCUGUGAGAUGGAGCAAAAAGGCUUGCGGGUUCUUCGUGGAGAAUCUCUUCACAGUCGACUGCGAGGAACUGGACGACUUGAUCGCCGUGCUGGAAGAAGGCCUAAGGAACCGCUCAAUCGGCCGCCACAACAUGAACGACUAUUCCAGUCGAAGCCACACGAUUCUGACGGUCCACAUCAGCUCGGAGCUGCCGGCGGAAAACGGCGUCUUCAUAUCCAGAACUGGCAAGAUCAACUUUGUGGAUCUGGCGGGCAGCGAGAUGACCAAGAAGACGCAAAGCCAGGGCAAGAUGCUGGAGGAAGCGAACAACAUCAACAAAAGCCUGAUGGUAUUGGGAUACUGCAUAGCGACCUUAAGCGACCCGAAGAAGCGAAGCAGCCACAUCCCGUACCGGGACUCAAAGCUGACCAAACUGCUCGCAGAUUCGCUGGCUGGGAAUGGGGCUACUUUAAUGAUCGCCUGCAUUUCCCCAGCCAAGUCGAAUGCCUGCGAAACCGUUAACACUCUGCGCUACGCGGCCAGAGCUAAGGAAAUCCGAACAAAACCCGUGGUGCUCAUGGACCCGCGUGAGGCCCUGAUUCUGAGCCUGAAGCGCGAAAUUGAUGUGUUGCAAAACGAGAACAAACACCUGCGUUCUGCGCUGCACAUCUACUCCUCCUCAACUCCCAGCUCUGGCGAGCAAAGCCCGCUGAAAACUCCCCCGCAUGUGGACUUUGCCGAUCUGGGCAAUUUGGAGUGGAACGAACUCACUGAACUGGUGCGGCUGUACGUGAAGGAAAAUGCGGAGCUUCGCAAAAAGAACAACGAGUUUUUCACUGCGCGCGAACAGCUGCAAAGGGAUCACGAACUCGUCUGCAGAGAGAACGAGCGACUGUCCAAGAAGCUGGAAGAGCUCAAGGAGACGAAAUCGGAUUAGCAAAGAAGAUCCCCUCCAGCAGCGCCACCGGCUGUUUAAAAACGCACCAGCUCAUUUUUUUUUUUGCUCUGAGCAAAAAUCAAGUCUCACUAACUAAAAAUUAAAAGUGCGAUUCCGAUCGUGCACGUUUGCCGGUCCCAAACCGCACACGCAGAGCAAAUCAAGCGGGUUGUCCGGGCAACGAGCCCGAUAUCAGUUCAGCCUUCAGGCGAUUUGCCGGGCCAAAACCAAUUGCACAAGGGGAAAUAAUUGAGUUUCUUUUUUAAGCCUGUUACUGAAAAGCGAUGCAACUGCUGAAUCACUCCGUUGUAUUUGAAAGGAACAAUAUAAAUAGCCUAUUUACCGG